CGUUAAUGUAAAAAUAUGGUACAAAAAACAGAAUAAAUAGAAAAACGUUGAAAAUCAUCCAUGGAAGCCCACAACACAAACAGAAAGAAGUCUGAAGUCAUCUCCAUUCCCCUGUUUUCUUCAUUCCGUUAAUUUCGCAUGAACUCAUUCUUUCUUUUUUCGAGUUUUACUGAUCUCUUGUGAUCUCUCUCUCUCUCUCUUUUCUUUUUCAUUUUGGCUGCCCCAUUAAACACGAAGGUGGACUCACGCAUCCACACGACACAUAGAGCAGCCGUACUGUUUUCUUUCUCAUUAUUAAUCUCCCGUAAUUGCCGCAUUAAAAACAGAGCAAAUAGAGAUAGUGACGCCAUAAAGAACUUUCUUUUUUAUUCCUUUGAUUUAUACUCAGCGUCACAAUAUGCAGAAUUCGCAACAAUUCGAAAAAGUAAGCUUGACCCGGGUCAAGAUUCUCAAGAAAAUGAGGUGGGUUGAGUUCAGUUUACAGUGAAGAAUCAGAACCACUCCCAAAUGGUGGCGGGGUUUUGACAUUUUUUUCAGGUAAGCGAAAACAUGGGUUGUGUGACUUCUAAGCAGGCGGUGACGGUAACUCCGGCGAUUGAUCACUCCGGCACGCUCCGGGACAAUGCCGGAAUCGGUUCGGGUCGGAGCAGGGUUGGGAGUGGCGGGUUGGGUCUUGGGUUUGAGAUGGAUUUGAAGAAAGUGAAGAAGAGAGGGAGCGAUUCUGGGCUGAGUGGAGGGAGCGAGUUGGGUGAGUCAGGGAGAGCGAGUUCCAAUGGUGGUAAUGGCGGUGGGACCGGCACUGGUAGUGAGUCAGUGAGUUUUAGGUUAGGGAAUUUGCAGAAGUAUAUUGAAGGUGAACAAGUUGCAGCUGGAUGGCCAGCUUGGCUUAGUGCUGUGGCUGGUGAAGCUAUUCAAGGCUGGGUUCCCCUUAAAGCAGAGUCUUAUGAAAAGCUUGAAAAGAUAGGUCAAGGUACUUAUAGCAGUGUGUUUCGGGCACGUGAUCUCGAAACAGGAAUGAUUUUCGCUCUGAAGAAGGUUCGGUUUGACAAUUUUGAACCUGAAAGUGUCCGGUUUAUGGCUCGGGAAAUAAUGAUCCUUCGCAGGCUUGACCAUCCAAAUGUCAUAAAGUUGGAGGGAAUAAUUACUUCUCGAUUGUCAUGUAGUAUCUAUCUUGUCUUUGAGUACAUGGAACAUGACAUAUCAGGAUUACUGUCCAAUCCUGAUAUCAAAUUCAGUGAAGCUCAGGUUAAGUGCUAUGUGAAGCAACUUUUAUCCGGAUUAGAACACUGUCAUUCACGUGGAGUAAUGCACAGGGACAUCAAAGGUGCUAAUCUCUUGGUAAGUAAUGAUGGAGUUCUAAAAGUUGCUGACUUUGGGCUCGCAAACUUCUGCAAUGUUGGCCAAAAGCAACCUCUUACUAGUAGAGUUGUCACACUGUGGUAUCGUCCUCCUGAGCUUCUGUUGGGAUCUACGGACUAUGGAGCUUGGGUUGAUCUCUGGAGUGUUGGUUGUGUAUUUGCUGAGCUUCUCAUUGGCAAACCCAUCUUACAGGGCCGAACUGAGGUUGAACAGUUGCACAAAAUUUUCAAGCUCUGUGGUUCACCUCCAGAUGAUUACUGGAAGAAAUCUAAACUUCCUCAUGCUACUCUAUUUAAACCGCAACAACCUUACGAGAGCAGUCUAUGGGAGACCCUUAAAGAUCUCCCGAAACCUGCAGUAACACUCAUAGAAACUUUACUUUCGGUAGAGCCUCACAAGCGGGGUACUGCUUCCUCCGCCCUUGCAGCUGAGUACUUCAAGACAAAGCCUUAUGCAUGCGAUCCUUCAAGCUUGCCAAAGUAUCCUCCAAGUAAAGAGAUUGAUGCCAAACAUCGUGAGGACAACCGAAGGAAGAAGCCUACUGGAAGAGCUCGUGGACCUGAACCAGUGAAAAAGCUUGCUAGGAAACAGAAUGGAGCAAGCAAAUUGGCCCCGGAAGAGAAUUUGCCUGUUCAACCUAAAGGUGCACACAAAAUUAAUGGCCAUAGUGAUAGUAUCAGUAAAGAAGGUGAUCUUGUUCUCGGGUUGGAGCCACCUAAGCCACCAAAUGAUUUAAGGGAAGAGGCAUCUCAUGUGAAACAUGCAUCUCAAGGCGAUGUCCCCUUUUCAGGUCCUUUACAAGUGUCAGGAUCAAGUGGUUUUGCAUGGGCAAGAAGGCGGAUAGAUGAUUCCGUCAGAUCGCGGAGUAGAUCUAGUUCCAGAAGUCUUAUUUUUGAACCUUCUGGUGCAUUAAAUUUAAGGAAUAAUAUGGAGUUGAAAAAGAAUGAAAAUGGAGAAACUUUAAUUGGACAAAGAACCAAUUCUAAAGGUCAUGAAUCUGGUGAAAGGUUCAACCACUACACGGUCAAAGGUUGGGGUCAAUUGGAACCAGAUUCUUUUGAUGGUUCUGAUGGAUACCACUCGCAAGAAUUGUCGCUAGCAUUAUAUCAAAAAGAAGACUUAGCUAUCAAAAGAAUCAGCUUGGUAUAUCAGGACCAAGGGGACAAGGUGGAAUUUUCGGGUCCGUUGCUGUCUCAAUCAAAAAGAGUUGAUGAACUCUUGGAGAAGCAUGAGCGUCAGAUACGCCAGGCUGUUCGAAGAUCAUGGUUUCAAAAAGGUAAAAACUUGUUUCUGUGAUUGCUCAUUGGGAGACAUAUCAUAUGAUAGGGACUUGAGCAUUAUCAUUAAACCACCUUAUCUUCCCUACUUUCCUUUUGGCCUGAAGCAAUGCAUGAUUUCUCUUUUUCUUCAUAUUUUCACUUGUCAUGAUCUAAGGAAAAGAGGAAACUAACCUGUACCAGCCAUAUCUGUUACAACUUAGAAGAUUUCAUCUCCUUUAUUCUUUUCUUUGGCGCCUUAUAUCUUUUGAGAUCAACUUGAAAUGAUGUUACAAGACCUUUUAGACCACUAUGCAAAACAUUGUUUAAGAUGUGUUUGUCUAUGAAAUCAAUUUCACCAUUAGAUGAACAAAUACUUGUUCAAAUGAGUAGAAAACUUUGAUCUAACUCUUUUUUUUUUGGGGGGGCUCAUAAUGCAGUUAAGAAACACGAAAAGUAAUGACAUAGGGUACCGGAUGCUAAGUCUGCAAGAAUGCAGUGGCAGGGGUGAGUGACAAAGAACAUAAGCUCUUGGAUAACUGGGGACCUAAAAUAGAAAGGAAUCCACCAGACCUCCUGCAAUGCACAUGACCAAAUGGAAGGAUUCAGCUGCUAAUUAUAGCAAUUCUCUUCCCUAGCUUACUGCACAAGAAGUUCCAAGCUGCCCUGGCCUUAAGAAGAUUUCAUCAUCUUCUUGAUAGGCAGGCAAUGCGAUCAAGUCGUGGUUUAUUGCAGAUGAUGUCGAAUCUUUUGACUGAUGUAUAGGUAAUCUUUUUGGUGGUUCCACUGUAGCAGGUGUAAAUGUUGAGUUGUUAAGAUGCAACCAAUACGACAUCUCUUUAGCUCCCUUUUCGCUUUGUAAUCUCAUAAUCAAGUUCCUUUCAAUUCAUCAAAGAAAUCAGCAGUUCGUGCUAUUCCUUUUGAAUUUGAAAAAGAGCCUUAAUUGU